UUUUAACGACCGCUAGUCAGGGGACUAAACUGAGUAUUAUUUUCAAUUACCGAGUACCAUUUCAGAAAUUAGUUAUUUUGAGAACUAAUUUGAGAAAACACAUAGUUAUUGAGUAUUAUUUUGAGAAUUUAGACUAAAAAAAUUGAGCCUCAUCCACGAGGGUCGAGGGCUCCUUCAGACCCAACCAGACGGUCAUUGAGAGGAGAUAAAUUGAAUUUUGAACGUAGUUCAGUGACAAAGAGUGAAGCAUGUAGCUAGUACAUGCAAAGACAUUAUGCUUAGUAUAACUGCCUCCUAUCGCAAUUAUCGGGAGUCAAACUCAGGUCUUACUUCUUUGGAACUCAUUGCAUUUGCGAACUGUGUAACGCCAACCAAUAUAUGUCAAUUUUCAUAGCGGAUAGUGAAAUACAAAGAGAAUCUUAAUGAUAGUAGAAUAAUGAAUUUUAAUAAGAGUGUGUGAGAAACAUUUUGAGAUGGAAGGAGUGGUACCACACUAACCAAACAAAAUUUAUGGGAGGAGGUUAACAGUUGGAUUGGUAGCCAUAAUCCUUGUUCUUUUCAGAAGGAAUAUUUAUUUGAUUUUCUUCAUAAACAAACUAAAAUAUUUUCUUAGAAAUUAUGAGAAGUAUGCUCUGUGAUUGCCCGAAUUGUGGCAGUGUAGAUAUAUUGUGGCAGUGUAUAUAUUGUGGCAUUGUAUUUCAGACAUUGAAUUUUUGACAGUGCAUAUAUUGUGGAAGUACAUAUUGUGGCUAACAUUAUGGCAGUGUAUAUAUUGUGACAGUGUAGAUAUAUUGUGGCAGUGUAUAUAUAAUACAAAUUUGUUUAAUUAAGGGUAAUAUUAGGAAUUCAUCUCAAAAACUUAUAGCACUUCUAUUUUGCGUAUUAUAAACCUAUUAAAGUGUUAUAUUCGUAUUUCUCCCUAAUGCAAAAUCCAAAUAAAUGGAUCAGUAAUACAGCGUGUGGGCGUACCGCGUAGGGCUCGGCUUGUCACAACAACCAGUCCAGUCCACUUGCUGCUGCAUAUUGCCCAUUUAUGUACUUUUGCACGACUUGGUGUACCUUUACACGCUCUAUUUAUGGUCCAAUCCUUUCACUCCGUUUUUUAUAAAGGAUUUUAUUUUAUUUGGGAUUAUUUAAUGAGCUAUCAUAUCCCCUGCAUACCCAACAUAGAAACCGAGGAAUGAAAAGAACAAGUCCUCAACCACAUCCUGCGUACACAAGGGUUGGUCUUUAAUUGAUGGACUAGCAUAGCUUAGUAAAUUUUGUGAAAUAAAUAUACAUUUUUUGGUGAUGAACUUUGUAAAAUGACACUUUAUUGUCGUGAAUCAUCUUCAUUAUGCUGUGUGGCUAGCUUGAAACAACGGAUUCAGAUGUCCAAUAUGGAGGGAGAGAAUUUUUCGAGAAAGAAAUGGUCUCAUAACGUAAAUAAACUCAAGUCACAAUAUGAUACGAGCUCGUAUCAUAUAGGGAAUUCGAAGAACUUUGAACGUUAUCUUCAAGCUCCAAAAAUUGAGACGAGAUAAGAAGAAGGAUUGAGAUGGAAAGGAACUCGGCAAACCAAGAGAGGAGAAGGGAAUUAGGAUUUGUGAUUUGUUAUCGAUCGAUUAUCUCUAGAGCGGGUUACAUCUCCUUAUAUAGGGAAGAAGUAAACUCUAACGCUAACUUGGCGGUUCAAUAAAAGUGACGUGUGAAAGGACCAAAAAGAAACCUCAAAAGACUUUAUAAUUUCGUUGACCAAAUAAAACCUAGAUUACAAUAAUAAUUAUAAUAUUAUUGUGGCUGUAUAGUAUCUACUACCCCGCAUUUUCUGGAUCGCACAGUAGCUUAAUUGUCAUGGCGCCAGCUAUUACCAGCCAGCAAUCGUCGUCAAAGCUUAGCAUAGCACGGUAACGUGGGCCGAGUAAUGGUUUCUGGUUUGGAUUUCGGAACUGAGAUUCUCUAACUUUCUCCUCCAAUCCUUUCUGACUAUUAAAUGCCCAGAAACGAAAUUUGGGAAAUUGCAUUAAACCGCACCAACAAUUACAGUUGAAAUUCAUUUAUUAUAACUCGUCUUUAUCGACACUUUCCCCAUCUCUUCCGUAUUUUUUCUCCUCUUAAUAAUCCCCACCCUCAGAUUUAUUCUUCUAGAAAUUAAAGAGGGAGAAAAAUUGAACAUAACAAUCGACGAUUUAGGGGAAUGGAAGGGGUAUCUGUUAGUGUUUACAACGGGAUUAAGGAAUACCUGAAGACGAAGAGGAGCGGUUACGAGAGGAUUACCCGACCCGGUUCCCGGAGGAGAAACUGCCGCGUCGAAUUGGGCGGCGGCCGGAAGGAAGCGCCGUGGAGGAUAAAGCUGAGGCCUAAACUCAAGCUCCGGAUCAACCUCCGAUUCUCCCCCAAAAAGCUGCUCCUCCGCCUCCGCGACGCCUACGUCGGCCUGAUGCUGCGGGUCUCCAACACGCGCGCCAUCGGCGGCUUCGCCGGCAACAUCGUCUCCGAUUUCACCGCCAGAUCGGUGAAGGAGUACGACGAGAGGAUGAUUAUCCAGAUCUACAAGUCUCUGCUGAUUGCGCACGGCCAAACUCGACUGGCCUCCGCCGAUGCGCCGCCGCGAAUCGGCACCUCAGGUUACUUGUCGACGGUUGGGUGAAUUGUUUAUGGUGGAGAAAGAGGUUGACAUAAAUGUUACAGAGAAAAGUUUUACCGCGCAAUUUCUUGUUUCGCCGGUACAGUAAAAUUGGCGCUGCAAUAAAAAUAAAUCCUUUUAUUUGCAGCGGUCCGUAUUUUGGUUGCUCUUCUGCCGCUUUCUUUUUUAUUCGGCUAUACUCUUUGAAAUGAAUGCCCAUUAUAAUCAAAAAUAGAAACUGUAUUUCCAAUUAAAUUACAUGUUGAAAUAUUGAAAUAAUAAUAUUGCUCACUUGAAUUAUGAAAUACAUGAUAGAGUAUAUAUAGGAGAGACUCCUAACAACACUAGGAAUAUAGAAUAGAAACUAACUAACAUACAACAUCUACCACAAAUAGGAUUAGGAAGCUGACUAAUAAUGAAACACNCCGGUGGCUGCUGACGUCGUUGGAGAAGAGAGAAUUCUGACAUGCACUGUUAGCUGCUGACAUCGUUGAAGAAGAGAGAAAUUGACGUGCGCUGGUAGCUGCUGACGUCGAAGAAGAAGAGAGAAGGUUGACGUGCGCUUGUAGCUGCUGACGUCGUAGAAGAAUAGAGAAGGCUACUGGAGGUGCCUGUUUGACUGAAGAUCUUUGACAUUCUUUGUCUUUUUCUUGGAUCCGGGCAAUGCCCUAUUUCUUUCUUGAAGGGGUGUAGAGGUAUUCUUUUUUCUUUCACUACUUCCCUUCUUGGCUUUGCUUUUGUGUUUUU